AUGUCCGAGACUAAAACCGACUUCCUUCACCAGCCCGCCGUCCGCGCGGUGCUUCCCUUUGUCAACGGCGGUAUCUCGGGUAUGGUCGCGACCACUAUCGUCCAGCCCAUCGACAUGGUCAAGGUUCGCAUCCAGCUCGCCGGUGAAGGUACCGCCGGUGGACCCAAGCCCACUGCUCUCGGCGUCACCCGCCAGAUCAUCACGUCGGGCAAGUUCCUCGACCUCUACACUGGUCUUUCCGCUGGUCUCCUCCGUCAGGCCAUCUACACCACCGCGCGUCUCGGCUUCUUUGAGAAGUUUAUGAUUGCGAUCAACGAGCGGGCCAAGGUGAACGGCACGACUGUCGGGUUCGCAGAGCGUGCUGCCGCUGGUCUCGGUGCUGGUGGUAUCGCCGCCUUCAUUGGAAACCCCUGUGACCUCGCACUCAUCCGUAUGCAGUCGGACGGCCUCAAGCCCCCAGCUGAGCGGGCAAACUACAAGAACGUCAUUGACGCUCUCGUGCGCAUCAGCAAGAGCGAGGGCGUCACGGCUCUCUGGGCUGGCUGCUUCCCCACCGUCGUCCGUGCCAUGGCUCUCAACUUUGGUCAGCUCGCCUUCUUCUCCGAGGCCAAGGCCCAGUUUGAGGCUCGCACCAACUGGUCGCUCAAGACGCGCACGCUCGCCGCGUCGGCCGUCGCCGGCUUCUUCGCUUCGUUCUUCUCGCUCCCCUUCGACUUUGUCAAGACUCGCCUCCAGAAGCAGACCAAGGGACCCCAGGGCCAGCUCCAGUACACCGGCAUGUUUGACUGCUUCCGCAAGGUCGCUAAGCAGGAGGGCCUUGGGCGCUUCUACCGUGGCUUCGGCACUUACUACGUCCGCAUUGCCCCUCACGCUAUGAUCACCCUCCUCGUUCUCGACUACCUUGGUUUCCUCACCAAGUAA